GAAGCAGUUAGUCAUAAAAUCUCGCGCAUAGUGCGUGCGUCUCAUUGCCAGACAAUUCACUGAAUAAAAGUUUUCUUUAAUUAAAGAAACUUUAACAACGGUUGACAAAAUUGGUAUUAUAAUAAUGUAAUUAACAAUAUUACGCUACUUCUAUCUCGCGUCACAAUUUUAUAACAAUCAAGUGUAGAAAAAAUAUAUUAUUAAUUUAGAACGAAAAACUGCUAAUAACACUCUCUAACCAGAAAACGUUGUCUUCUUGAAUAACUAAUCCGAAGAUUUCUGUCACGAUGGAGCCAUCUACUUUGUUCCUGGCUAUUCUGACAGCGAGUGUUUGCUUAUAUUAUUUUAUUCUAAGCAAGUUAUCUUACUUCGAGCGAUUGAAGAUCCCCCAUGUGCGACCAAUUCCAUUGCUCGGUAACAUGGCACCUUUUAUUUUUCGACGCGUAUGCUUUACGGAACUCUUACAAAGAACUUACAACCUCUUCCCGGACGCAAAAUACUUCGGCUUCUACGAAUUUACGACGCCGACCUACGUUAUCCGUGAUCCAGACUUGAUUUCCACAAUUGCCAUCAAACAUUUCGACAACUUCUGUGAUCACCGUGGCUUCAUCAACCAAGUUCUCGAUCCGAUAACCAGUCAAAAUCUGUUUGAAAUGAAAGGAGAUCACUGGCGCGAAAUGCGAAAGCUUCUUACCCCCAGUUUCACAUCCAGCAAGAUGAAGAUGAUGUUUGAACUCGUGUGUCAUUGCGCCGAGAACUUUGCCAAUUUUGUAGCAACGCAAUCCGGAGAAAUCGGCAAGACAUAUGAUGUAAAAGAUCUACUUUGCAGAUUCGCCAACGACACGGUGGCCACAUGCGCCUUCGGUAUCGAUGUGGAUUCUUUUAAAAAUCCGAAGAAUGAAUUUUUCGUGCUUGCCAGAAAGACAGUGAAUUUUGAUAGCAUUCUGUCCCUCAAGUUCCUAAUGCACAGAAAUUUUCCACUAUUUUGUAAACUAAUCAAACUGAGAUUGUUUGGUCCAAAAGUAGAAAAUUUUUUCAAAGACGUCGUUUCUGGCACGGUAAAAGCCAGGGAUGAACAGGGAAUUGUUCGCCCGGACAUGAUUCAAUUGAUGAUGGAAACCAGGAACAAAGAUAGUGGACCUGAGUUCAACAUUGACUACAUGACCGCCCAGGCGUUCCUUUUCUUUCUCGCUGGAUUCGAUACUGGUUCGACAGGCAUGUGUUAUAUGAUGUACCACGUCGGUGUCGAUUCCGAAAUUCAGAGCAAAUUGAGAGAAGAAAUCGACGAUGUUCUCAGACAGACUAACGGCAAACCUACUUACGAGGCCAUCAAUCGCAUGAAAUAUUUGGACGCUGUGAUAAAUGAGUCUCUCAGACUGUAUCCAAUAGUAUCUUUUUUGGAGAGAAUGUGCGUCAAAGAAACCAAAUUACCACCAGCAACUCCGGAUGGCGAACCGAUCACGAUAAAGCCUGGGGAUAGCAUAUGGUUCCCGCAUUUUCCUCUGCACCGUGAUCCAAAGUACUUUCCACAUCCAGAGAAGUUCGAUCCAGACAGAUUUCUUAACGGCAAUGUAGACAACUCGGUCUAUAUGCCAUUUGGUAUCGGACCCAGAAUGUGCAUAGGUAAUAGAUUCGCCCUAAUGGAAUCGAAAAUCAUGCUGUUUUAUUUGCUUUGGCGUUGCGAUCUCGAACCCGACGUUAAAACUACAAUUCCUAUGGUGUUUACCAAGAAAACAUUUUCCAUGACGCCAGAAGAAGGUUUCUGGUUGAAGUUUCGAGCGAGGAAAUCGAAGGCUCCUGUUACACAAUGCUAAUUAAACGGACAGAUUUGAAGGAUAGUGAUGAAGCAUAUUUAAAAUUUAGUUUAAGCAUGAAAUUAUAUAUGUACUGUAUUUAAAUUCGAUCUUUUAAAUUAUAGUGAGAAUCCAAUCAUUUUCUCAAUUAAACAUGUAAGAAAUAAAAAUUUUAAAAAAGUUUUUUUAAUACAAAA